AUGACAAAUUACACAGAAGGAAACAAAUCUGUGGUUCUGGAAACGCGUCCACUCUGUGUUUACCACACGCCUUCAGCAGUUCCUGUGGUGACCGUCUCUGUUUUAACCGCCGUCUUUCCAGACCCGGAAAUGGCAGCGUCGUCCUUCGACCACUCCGGAAACAACAACAGUAACUCCAGCUGUUAUGAAGACAUCCAGGACACUUCAGCCCACAUUUUCUUCAUGGUGAUCUACACCCUGGUGUUUCUAGUCGGUUUGUUCCUCAAUGGUUUCACCCUGAACGUUUACUUCUUCAGGGGUCAGCGGCACGUGUCCAGCGUCACCAUCUUCCUGAAGAACCUGGCAGCGGCCGACUUCCUCAUCAGCCUCUGCCUCCCUUUGCGAAUUAUGAAGUACGCCAACAUUAAGUCUGAGAUCAUCCGCAAGGUCUACUGCAACUUCGGCGCCUCCGCCUUCUACCUGAACAUGUACGCCAGCAUCAUGUUCAUGGGCUUCAUCGCCGCUAACAGGUACCUGAAGAUCGUCCACCCUUUGGGAAAUCACAUGCUGCAGACAGUACGAGGCGCUAAGAUAAUAUCCAUCCUAACCUGGGUCUUCCUCAUCACUGUGACGAGCUCCUACAUCCUGGUCUCUCUUAUAACAGAAAAGCCGGUAUAUGAAACACUAACAAAAGUGAGCUGUGAUGAGAUGCACAGUAAAGAGCUCAGCGCGCUUUACAAAAUCAUCCACGUCUUCUCGGCCACCAUCUUUGUAACCGUCCUCGUCUGCCUGGUUUUCUUCUACUACAAAACCUCUCGCAAGCUUUCAGUGGCACAGGGGAAGCAGCCUGCAUCUAUUGGGUCCAAGAAGCUCGCCAGAUCACGCAGAAACAUGCUGGUGCUGGUCAGCGUCUUCUGCGUCUGCUUUGUCCCCUACCACCUGGUUCGUCUUCCUUACGCCUACACAUCCAAGACCAACAACUGUUCGUGGAGCCAGGUGUUCUUCUACGUAAAGGAAAUGGCGGUCUUUGUGUCCGUUCUCAACGUUUGCCUGGACCCGCUCAUCUACUUCAUCUUCUGCAAGGCCUUCCGGGCCAGGUUGAGCCUCAAGAAUGCGCUGACCACUACAGAGGUGUCAACGGUCGCAGCGAACGCAGACAGGAGGAGCAGCGAUACGCAGAGCUCCAUCAAAAGGAAGCUAUCGCUCACCCCAACGACAAGGACCAGCGUGCUGUAG